AAACUAUCAUGUGGCUUAAAUCCCACAUUGGUUCUGACAAUUUCAACUUCCAGUCAAAAUCAUCACAUGGUGUCCUUUAAUUUCUACCGUGCAGGUGGCAGGGCAACAAUAAUGCUUUCUUCAGUGCUUAUACUAUUCUGUUCAUGGUAAUUUGUCACCCAAUACAUUGUGAUGCUCCAUUUUCAUAUAAAUAGAUCACAAGGGUACUCGCUGCGUAUCAGAACAGUAGCGAGUCCAUGCAAAAGUGCGCCGUAGCACCAAUAUAAAACCUCCAUCAAUCCGCGUCUCUCCCGCCACGUCAUAACGUAUCAUUUCCCUCUGCUCUUAAACCGAGACUCUGAGAAACCAAACGUCCGAAAUGGAGCUACCGGUGAUUGAUCUAUCCCGAUAUUUAGAGAUCUCCGGAAAACUGAGCAACGACCGGGAGAAAUUAUCCGGUCAGCUCCAAGAAUUCGGGCCAUGGCUAGGUGAAUCAUGCAAGGAGGUGAGUCGGAUCCUCCGAGAAACCGGAGCUUUGAUAGUGAAAGAUCCGAGAUGCUCCGCGGAAGAUAAUGACCGGUUCAUAGACAUCAUGGAGAAGUACUUCGAGAGGCCUCAAGACUACAAAAAACUCCACGAGAGACCUCAAUCAUAUUACCAGAUUGGAUCAAGCCCAGAUGGAUUAGAAGUUGCAAAAUGUGUGGUUGAUGAGAAGAUAAAAGAGAAGGUAAAAGCCAUGCCUAUGGAUGUUCAACCAUCCCUGCCCCAUGGACCUGAUCUCAAGGAGAGGUAUAUGUGGAGAGUAGGUUCUCCACCAGCAAACACUCGUUUCAGGGAAUUUAACUUGGAGCCUCCCAUACCUGAAGGAUUCCUUGAGUGGAAAGAAGUCAUGGACUCAUGGGGAUCCAAAAUGGUGAAUGCAGUUGAGGCUGUAGCUGAAAUGGCAGCAAUUGGGUUUGGCUUGCCCAAGGAUGCUUUUACUUCUCUUCUGAAGCAGGGACCGCAGCUUCUUGGCCCAACAGGGAGUAACCUCAGCCAUUAUAAUCAGGAAGGAACUGUGUUUGCUGGAUAUCAUUAUGAUACUAACUUUUUAACCAUUCAUGGGAGAAGUAGAUUCCCUGGUCUAAACAUUUGGCUGAGGAAUGGACAGAAAGUGGAAGUCAAGGUUCCACCCGGAUGUCUCUUCAUUCAGACAGGAAAGCAGAUAGAGUGGCUGACUGCUGGAGAAUGCAUGGCUGGAAUGCAUGAAGUUGUUGUCACAGACAAAACACUUGAUGCAGUGAAAAAGGCUGCAGAGCAAAAUAGAAGCCUCUGGAGAGUUUCCUCAACACUCUUCUCAAACAUUGCGUCAGAUGCCAUGUUGAAGCCUUUAGGCCACUUUGCCAAACGCCCACAAGCCAACCAAUAUCCACCCAUGUAUGCAGGAGAGUUUAUGCAAAACGAGCUGUCAGCAAUCAAUCUAAAUGGGAAUAAAAUAGAAGCCUGAUGUGAUAUAUUGUAAUAUAAUUAUCAGUAACCUCUAUGUUUCUGCAAUAAAGAGAGAGGUCUACCGUGGGACUGGAGCAUAUAACAAUAAGCCAUUAGGAAGAGUGGUAUUUCGUGAUGUUCAGCCUGUUCUUGCAAGUUCUUUCUGAAUAUGUGACAAGUGUAUGCUCAUGUAUUCUUCAAACUUGUCAGAUUUGGUAAUGUAAUGUGUUUUUUUCAUCUCUUAAUCUGAAUAUUGUAUUUUAGCAAA